CACGCGUGGAACCACGCGAAACGAAGGGAGACUCAUGGCGACUCGCACAGCAUCGCAGAAACGUCAAAAUAAGAACACGAUGUACCGAUGCAUCGGUGCUUACUGUCAUACGCGAAUCGCGCGAUUCUUUCCGUUAUAACUGCGCUUGGAGAAGAACGGAAGGAUGUUUAUAGUGACGAAGGAAAUCGAUAGCGAGAACAUCAGCAAACUGUGUCGCACGUGUUUGAGAGAAGACGGCGACAAGAUGGUAUGUUUGUUCAUGGGCCCAGCCGGUUCGUCUCUCGCUGCCAAGUUACGAUCCCUCUCGUGCUUAGAGGUUUGGCAAGGAGAUGGCUUGCCUGAAAAAAUGUGUGAUCGCUGUGUUACCAGAGCAGAGUCAGCUCUCUUGUACAGAGAACAGUGCCGUGCGGCAGACAGGGCUCUGAGACAAGCAGCAUUGAAGGUAUCCGGACUUACGUCAUACACUACUGUCUCUGGUUGUAAGCUCUAUCAGAAUCAGCAGAAUCAAGGAUUUGUUCCGGUACAGAAUUCUCACAAGACACUCAAGUGCAUAGAAUGCGGCGCUGUGUUCAUGAAUUAUCAAGAACUCUGUGCUCAUAGCAGACUACACCUGUCCUUUAUUCAGGAUAACAACAUACCUGUGCAACACAUGCACAUAGUAGAAUCUCAAAAUCCCUAUCUCAACUUUGGUCAUGUUAGUUCGAAUUUUGCCAACGAUAAUAUACCAAACACGCAAUUAUCUCCAUUGUCGAAUAGUGUAGUGAGGUCAAAUGUGAUGCAUACUAUGCCGUUGAACGAAGAGAGCUCCAGUCGAGCCGCCUGUGCCUUACACUGUUCCUUGUGCAAUCACACCUUCACCAAUAGAAGACAAUUAAUAAGUCACAAUAUAACGCACGGUACGGAUAAUGUAGAUAUGUCGUGUGACAACGAGAACAUUGAGAUCUGCGAAAAUUCUAAUCAUAUCCCGCAAAAUCUCAGUUACGAGAGGUCCAUUCAUUCCGUCGACAAUCCUAUUCAGAAUUUGUCGUAUCAAAGAUCCACCGUAGAUGACAACGACGAAAUGCAAAACUUAAAUUUCCCCGAGAAUAUCGAUCUGGACGGUGACCAGCAGGAGAACAGCUCGGAACGUUUGCAAAAUGUAACGAUGCAUUCCGAGAAUAACGUAUCGAUCGCGGAAAAUUUGAGAUUUAUGAAGGCGCCCGGGAAGGAUCAGCAGCACGUAAUCGGAUAUCACGGGUGCUCGACUGACGGUAAUUAUAAGCAGUCCCUUGAUGCAAAACUUGAUGCGGAAGAUAUUCACGCGAAGAAGCAUCGGUGUGAAGUAUGCUCGAAACAGUUCUCGCAAAAAUCUAAAUUAUUCGCUCAUCAGUUGUCUCACUCUGGUCAGCAGCCGUUCAAGUGCCUCAGCUGCGGCAAGGCAUACGCGUCGAAAAGCAAGCUUAACGCGCACAUGAGAUUGCACACCAAGACCAAUGUACAUCAGUGCAAGGUGUGCAAUAAGAUAUUUUCGUAUCCGUCGUACUUGGAGGAACAUAUAAAGGUUCACAACAAAACUGACAAUAUCCUGCAGAGUAAGGACUUUGAAUGUAGCACCUGCAACAAACGUUUCCGUCUCUUGAAAAAUUUGAAGGCACACGAGAGGCUUCAUACGGGGAAAGGCUUGGUGCGAUGCGAGAUUUGUGAUAAACAGUUUAGCCAUAAUUACAAUCUGAAAAUGCACUUACGAACACACAAGACGUCGAAGGUGCACAAGUGCGAGUAUUGUGACAAGCGUUUCGUGCAAAAGGGCAAUCUAGUCGAACACUUGCGAAUUCACACCAAAGUGAAGCCUUUCGCGUGUAAAUUAUGCGGCAAGAGAUUCGCGCAAUCGGGUCACUUGAAAAGCCACGAAGCUUCGCACGGUACUUUGAGGCAACAUCAGUGUCGGUUAUGCGGGAAGAGGUUCAAGCUAGCCAAUCAUUUGAAACGGCAUUUGAAUUUGCACACCGGUACGAAAACGUACAAAUGUAAUCAGUGUAACCAAAUGUUCUCGCAGUCCUUCAGUCUGACGAGGCACUUGAAGAAGCACAACGAGUCGCAUGUGUAAAUUUAUUCGACAAACUGUAACACAUACACAUACGUGCAAACGUUUUUAUUUUUAUUUUAUUUUAUUUUAUUUCAUUUUAUUUUAUUUCUUUUCUAGAGAAUCUUUUACAUAUCCUCCUAGAGAAUUCCUUUCUAGGAGUUUCCCUUAAGGGCGCCUUUUCACCUAAGGGUAAGUCGCAAUAAAAUAACAUCGGGACAAAAUCGACGCUUCCGUUCGAUUCUGUAGAGAUCUACGUCGUGUGGAAUAUAUCGCGGAAUGUAGCUUCAUUUGUAGCUUUUCAGGACUGUAGUGAGAAUGUUUAUACCUUCUCGCAGUUGCUCCUCCGUGAUCGUUAACGGGGGCGAUAUUCUAAUGAUUUGGCCGUGCGCAGGUCUUGUCAGCAAACCAGCAUCUCUCAACCUCAGACAGAUAUCCCAGCCGUCGGCAAACUCUGCAAUUAAAUUGUUGUAUCACUAUUGAGCGUGUCUCGCGCGGCUAUGCAAUAAAAUCCAAUUUCUCGUUA